AUGGCUGACCCAGUCAUCAGUAAGUCUCCAGAUGGUGGAUGGGGGUGGAUGAUCGUUUUGGCUGGCUUCUUGAAUAACUGCCUUUUGGUCGGUGUCACACGAUCCUUUGGAGUCUUCUUCAUUCAUUUCAUCCAAUACUUCCAAGAGUCAUCUAGUCAUGUUUCAUGGAUCACUUCCAUUGCUAUGGCAACACAACAGUUUGCAAGUCCAGUGGGGAGUGUAUUUGGGAUGCAUUACGGAGCUCGCCCUGUGGUGAUGGUUGGUGCAAUUUUAGCUUUCCUGGGAAUGCUUGCAGCCUCAUUUGGACAGAGCCUUCUGCACAUGUACCUCUCCAUUGGAGUUCUGACAGGUUUUGGUUGGGCUUUGGUCUUCACCCCCACAAUGGCCAUGAUCUCCAGAUACUUCAAGAGACGUAGAGCCUUGGCAACCGGUUUGGCAUUCACUGGAGUGGGAGUUGCCUCCUUCUUUUUCUCUCCACUGUUUCAGCUCCUAAUUGAUGUGUAUGGAUGGCGUGGGGCCAUUCAGAUCCUGUCUGCAAUGAUGUUGAAUCUCUGUGUCUGUGCAGCUCUGCUCAGACCCAUCACCAUCCAAGAAGACCUUCUAGUUGCUUCAAGGGGACAUCCUGCCAAUGGAAAGAAGAGCACUGAGUUUUGGAACAAAGUGACCUCUGCCUUUGAUUUGACCCUUUUCUUGCACAGAGGCUUUAUGGUGUACAGUUUUGCAGUUACUCUGAUGACCACAGGAUACUUUGUGCCCUACAUCCAUCUGGUGGCCCAUGGAAAGAAUCUUGGAUUGAGUGAUUAUAAAGCUGCCUUCCUAUUGUCUGUCACUGCCAUCGCUGAGACUAUUGCACGGCUAUUUUCUGGUUGGUUGGCAGAUCUCAAGCUGAUCCGAAAAAUCCACAUGUUAUUCCUCUGGAGUAUUGUCACUGGAAUUAGCCUUCUCCUCAUUCCUGUUGGGAGCACGUACUAUAGUCUAGUGGGGGUCAGUUUUUUUUAUGGCUUCUGUUCUGGAGGUCUUGCCCCACUCUUCUUCUCCACGCUCCCAGAUAUCGUAGGAAUUGGACGGAUUCUCAAUGCAACUGGGCUCUUUCUGAUGCUCCUAAGUAUUGGCGGACUCCUUGGGCCUCCCUUAUCAGGGUUUCUGGAGGAUCUCACAGGAAGUUACACCACAUCCUUCAUGACUGCAGGUGGCUUCAUCCUAGCAGGAUCACUCGUCCUGUUCUUCCUUCCGAGCUUUCUCAUCUGCACAGUGGUCCUUUCUGAACAACAGAGUUGUGAUCAAGCCAGGGCUGGGGAUGGCAGGGACCAUUCUGCACAGGCUGAUGUGACAAACUAUUGCUUGGAGGAAUAACAGGAACUAUUUAUUGGAAUGCAGCUGACUGUGUGCAUCCUAACAAUGCAGUGUUGUAAGGUUCUUUCCAUGGCCAAGCUCUCUUGUUUAAACCAAGGCAUCACAGCUGGACAUCACCAAACGUGGCACAUGCAAAGGGAAGAUUCAUUCAGUUAAGGAGUGACAUACCCCAAGUUAGUAAUGUGAAUCAUUUGAGUGAGCACAUUCUAAUCUGUAACAGAUGUAGUUGCAAUUACUCCUGCAGACAAAUAGCUGGACAAUUCAGCAAGGAAAAUAAUGCAAAUUCAGAGUAGGAAAAGGGCAUUUGGCCCAUCACUUUAUUCAGACUCUGACUAUUACAAUCACAUCUCUGAUUUUGUCAAAGCAAAAAAAAAAGUGCCUUUCAAAACAUCAGCAUAUCCCAGUGCACUU